AUGAAUCCCACUUUGGAGAGAUUCCUCAACUCGAGCUCGUUCUUCUUCUUCAGCCUUGUCUGCUUGUGUCUCAUUCUACUUACGCCGGCCGAUGCCAUUUACCAGUGUUGGGUCACAGAUCGCCUCACGAACAUCUUCUUCAUCGCCGGCGCAUACGUUCUUACGUUCAUUCUUGCAGCUCUGAUAUAUGCGACUCGGCUCUAUACCAAUCGAACGGCACUUGCGGGCAUCCCCAAGGCGUGGAUCCCCAUCGAGGAGGAAGAUGUCACAAAGAGCGUGAGACGACUGGUGGUGGACGGACUGGCCCGUAGCGCAGUGAUCACCUACCAAGCGUGCCCGCGCGACACAACGGGAGAAGAGAACAGCUUCUCAAAUUACCAGGAUCUCUUGGUCGACCCCGAGCGGCCCCCUUGGGGCUCCGUCGAGCAUCCCGGGUGGUCGUCUCCGAAAUCGACAGACCUGCCCGAUCUCCCCUAUCGCACUGUGAUCCUGGAACUCCCAGAUCUUAUCGAAGCAAAAGCCGUCUCCACAGCUCCUGCAGACGACACCUUACCGAACACCAUGGACCCCUUUCCCGACAUGCGCGCCGUAGAGGUUCUUCAAAGACCUCCUUCGAUGGGUGUACGACAGUACCUCAUACACCUCGGAAACCUCGGGGUCAUCACAUCCCCGAGUCUUGUGGUUGAAUUCACUUCGCUUUAUGAACGUGCGCGCUUCUCAUCCCAUCAACUACGCGAACCGGAAUUUCGAGAAUUGAUGCGCUUGUUUGCAGACAUUCUCAGGGCAAUCAUGCCCAUGCCUCCACCAAUCCUUGAAGGCAUCCGUGACAGUAUAAGUUACCAAACUGAGACAGAGUCCAUGAUAGGACCGUCGGAUGUGGAAGGCGAGUCAGAUACUGUGGACCACCAAAUCUACGACGGCGCAUUCACUCCAACGAGAAGCGUCAGUCUGCGACCAUCGAUGGCGUCAAUGUGGGAUGCCCGUUCUGGCCGCAGUGCAUCUUCGGCUGCGCACAGCCCGCUGUCCCGAUUCUCCGUUAGAAGUGGCUCAUAUAGGGGACUGCAAUCAUUGCAGACGCGGUCCACCGAAUCGCUGCGUCGAGUCCGAUCAGGGCAGUCCGGUAGCUCGGGGGGUAGCGUGAUUCGACUGGCACGUCCACAGGACCCCACUGACCUGCCUUAUACAUUCAACUACGCCGGUCGUAGGAACUGA